AUGCGCUUCCUAUGCCUUCAUGGCAUGGGCACAAACUCCGAAAUCAUGGAGUCACAGCUCUCGGCCAUCCGACACGAACUCGGCCAGAUACACGAGUAUGACUUUGUUGAAGGGACCAUUCCCUCGCCGCUUGCACCCGAGCUUCAUGGUUUCUUCCCCCCCGACGAUACCUACUUCAAUUACUUCCACAACAACUCCGCCCCGAGUAUCCUAAAGGCGUUAGAAGACUUGUCAGCUUUUCUCGAUCGCGAAGGCCCAUAUGACGGGAUUAUCGCAUUUUCGCAAGGGGGCUGUCUCGCAUCGACAUUCAUAAUCAACCACAUACAACAACACCCGAACAAACCUCUGCCCUUCAAAUGCGCCAUAUUCUUGUCAAGUAUUACGCCGGCGGAUCCCAACGAGUUGGAGAAGGGUACGAUCCGGUUUAUCCAGCCGGACGCCUACGGGCAGCCCCUCGUCAGCGGAUUGGCUACGACGCAUAUUUGGGGGCGGAAUGACGAUCAUUGGCCUGGAAUGAGCGAGCCACUUUACGAGCUGUGCGAUACACAUAAGCGGAACGUUUUUUUGCACGAUGAGGGCCAUGCGAUCCCAGCCGCCCGGGCCAAGGAAGCCGUACUCGGCUGUGUGAAGGUGAUUCGCCGCACGCUGGAUCGCGCAGCAUUGGGGGCGUAA